AUGGGGCAAGGAAGUGCAUUGGUUCCUCAUACUUUUAAUCAAAAAAAAUGUGAAUUGAAAGUGGCGAGAUAUGUGAUUGUCGAUGAAGUGUCUUUUAGGGUUGUCGAAGGGAAGGGGUUUGUAGAAUUAUUACAUGAAUUACAACCAAGAUUCAGAAUUCCUGAUCGAGAGAAAGUUGCAAGUAUGGUUUAUGAUAUUUUCUUAGUUGAAAAGGCUAAGAUACAAAGUGUGAUUGGCAACCAAAGGAUAAGCAUCACUACUGAUACUUGGACAUCCAUUCAAAACAUAAAUUACAUGGUAGUGACAGCUCACUUCUUGGAUAGUGAUUGGAAGCUACAUAAAAGAAUAAUUAACUUCACAAAAAUCACUAGUCAUCAUGGGGAAGAAAUUGGAAAGAUGGUUGAGGUUUGUCUAAGAGAUUGGGGGAUAGACAAAGUAUUUUCAAUUGUAGUUGACAAUGCUUCAUCUAAUGACACUGCAAUUGAUUACUUGAAAAGAAGAAUGAAAAGUGAAAAUUCAUUGUUGUUUGAAGGGAAAUACUUGCACUUGAGGGGUGUCUAUCAUAUAAUUAACUUAAUUGUUAAGGGUGGCUUGAAGGAGCUUAAUGUUUCAAUUAAAGCUAUAAGGAAUGCAGUUGUUUUUAUUCAUUCUUCCCCAUCAAGAUUGAAUAAAUUUAGGGAGUUUGUCAUACUAGCCAAGUUUUCUAGUACAUCAACAGUACCUAUGGAUGUCAAAACAAGGUGGAAUGCAACUUAUAAAAUGCUUGAAGUUGCAUUAAAGUAUAGAAGGGUGUUUGAAAGGAUGACUGAAGAAUGGUUGCGCUUUAUGAAUUAUUUCAGUGAAAAAGAUGAUAAGGGUAAAGAAAGGAUAGGGCCUCCAAAUGGUGAUGAUUGGGAGAUUUCAAAGGCUUUUGUACACUUUCUGAAAAAGUUUUAUGAUGCCACUUUGGAGCUAAGUGCAUCAAAAAGUCCUACCUCCCAAUUGCUUUAUCAAACCAUGAUUGCACUACAAGUUGAGAUUGAUAGAAAGAGACAUGAUGAUUCAAAUCCAAUCCUUAAAGAGGUAGCAUGUGCAAUGAAGUUAAAGUUUGACAAGUAUUGA